AUGGUUAGUAAUGGAUUUCCAGAUGGAGCUCCUGCUGAUGCAUGUGUUCGAAGGGAACGUGUUAAUCAACCAAAUCAUGGUGCUGCAAGAUCUCAAAAAUUAGAAACUUUACCGUAUAUUGUGGUCGCAAGUCAAAGUCAUUAUAAUCCUGGACAAAAAGUUACAGUUCAAAUAUAUCCAGCACAUAAUCCAAAUCAAAUAUUUCGUGGAUUUUUCUUGCAAGCACGUGAUGCUGAAACUAAUGAAUGGAUUGGACAUUGGGAUCAAUUACUUAAUAUUAAAACAAUUCCAGAAUGUUCAGCUGUAACACAUGCUGAUCCAAAGAAUAAAACUGGUGCAACAUUAGUAUGGAAUGCUCCACAUCAUAAAUCUGGUCAAGUUUAUUUUACCGGAACUGUUUUACAAGACUAUGGAACAUUCUGGGGCGAUAUAGUAGCACGUUAUGCCGCUCCUGAACCACAUCAUCUUUAACAUUAUUCUUUUAAUAUUAUAUAAGAUCCAUUAACAUCAUCG